UAGUCGCAGCAGAAACGGGUGACGAGCAGCAACAAUCGUUUGGAGAGCGCGCCAGGGACUUCCGAUUCGACCCAAUACUACCGAUCCGACCCGAUUCGCCAGGGAAGAGAUCCAGCGUAAGAUCAAGAGAGACGCGCGCACGGAUCAGUGGGUGCGGAUUAAUCGAAUCGCGGGCCAUCAAUCGAUCUCACGGGAGGUCUGACUGCCAGAAAGGAAAAUUAAAUAAGCGCAACAGCAAACCCAUUCAAGUGCCAUAAAGAAUGUGUGUAGUUCCCGGUCUCCAAAAAGGUGUGAUAAGUGCGUGAUAAUUUUCGGGGCAACUAGCCGAGCGACCGUUUUGGCCCGAAAAUGUGCUAAUCAGAUCUCAGUUUUGGUUCACGGCAUCGCAGCCCCGUCAUAGUCCCGCACAACUGGCGCCAAUUUGUAUACAAAUUUCAUGCCUUAAUUGAAACUCACAUUAUAGCCAAGUGCGAAAAGUUAACGACUAAGCAAAGCCCCGAACCAUCCAGCAUCACUACCACCUCAUCAACGCGACCUGCAAAAACGUUAAGCCAUCCGGAGAAAGUUCCAAAGGAAAGCUAUACCAGAAAGCCAGCCGAGUUGUGACAAUUGCAAUUGUGGAGUUCUUUAAUCAACUGACAUCGGCCGAAAUGGACCCAGAGUCGCAGUGUCCGCAGUACGGCGAAGUGAAUCAGCUGGGCGGCGUCUUCGUCAACGGGAGACCGCUUCCAAAUGCGACCCGCAUGCGGAUCGUGGAGCUGGCACGCCUGGGCAUCCGUCCCUGUGACAUAUCCCGUCAGCUGAGGGUGAGCCACGGAUGUGUUUCGAAGAUACUGGCCAGAUACCACGAGACUGGCUCCAUUUUGCCGGGAGCGAUCGGAGGAUCCAAGCCGAGAGUAACCACGCCGAAAGUGGUCAACUACAUCCGAGAGUUGAAGCAGCGAGACCCGGGAAUCUUUGCCUGGGAAAUCCGCGACAGACUGCUCAGCGAGGGAAUUUGCGACAAAACGAAUGUGCCCAGUGUCAGUUCCAUUUCGCGCAUCCUGCGGAACAAGCUUGGCAGCUUGGGCCACCAACACACUCCCGGAUCCGUAAUGGGAAGCGGCAGCAGCGGAAGUGGCGGAGGCGGUGGUGGUGGUAGCAAUCCCACCGGCAAUGGUGUCCAAAGCAACGGUGCCAACAACGGCGUUAGCCUUGGCGGCCCAGGUGGCGGAGCGCACCACCCUCACCACCACCACCAUCACCAGACGGCCGCAGCAGCGGCGGCGAGUGCCCACCACGCCCACGCUCAUGCCCAUGCCCAUGCCCAUUUAUACAACUCCAUUUACCAGCCGUAUAGUGCGGCGGCGGCCUACAGCAUGAAAGCUGUGUCCUGUGGUAGCCCCUCUCCUCCACAGGCGACUGGCGCCCAGACCAGCGGACCGCAUCCCCAUCAACUGCGUAGUGUGGCUGCCGCUGCUGCCGCCGCUCACUGGCCAUCGUCGCACUCGGUGAGUGACAUCCUGGCCCACCAUCAGGCUGUAGCCCUUCGGGCCAGUUGCCAAGUCGGCGUAGGAGUUGGCGGAAUGGGCGGCAUGGGAAGCACGGUGUCUCCUCUGCCGAUGACCCCGUCGCCGGUAGCCGGAACGGCGGGCGGGCAACCUCUACUUGAUUGCGAGGGUGGUGCUGGACAGCAGUCGCCGUACAACUACUACAUGUACUUUCAGAAUGGAGGAAUGCACCACCACCAUGGCGGAAUGAUGGCCGCCGGUGCCACGGGAUUAUGAGGAUGGGAAGGCGAUGGAAUGGGAACCAUCAGUGGAUAGUCAUCGGGUUGGUUGUGGGUUAAGCUUCUACAGAUUUCUGGGUUGUUGAAUUUAGGUUAUACUUUAAUCAUAAUAAGUAAAAUAAAGAUGGUUUAUAUCAAAUGCACUGACCGAGUUUAUCACACAAAUUCCAAAGGUUUCCCGAGCUGAGCAAAUACUAUUUAUAAUCCCAUUUAAAAAUAUGCCCUUCAUCAAUUACUAAUUUGACUUUUUUACUCAGAAAGCUUUCAUUAUCCUCAUCCUAUUAAAUCAUCGAUCCCAUUAAAAAUAUUUUUUUUUUAAUUUAAAGAUUUUUCAAUUU